AUGUGGGAAAUGGCUAUUGUAAAGCCUGUGUCUAAGAAAAAUAACGUCACUGACAUUAAAGAUCUACGCCCGAUUAGUAUAUUGCCGUGUCCUUCAAAAAUAUUAGAAAAAGUAGUAUGCGAUCAGAUGACUGAAUAUUUUGAUGCGAAUAGGACGAUAUACAGCUCUAUAUGUCUUGUAAGCCUGGCUGAUAUACGCACAGCUGUCUAUAAAUUAAAUGAAGAUCUUGCCCGUAUUGCCAAGUGGUCUCAAGCUAAUGCACUGACGUUGAAUCCAAAUAAAACUAAAUAUAUUUUGCUAGGCACCCGAUCUCAAGUACAAAAAAUGUCGUACUCAUCUCCCGUCAUACAAAUAUUAAACGAGCAAAUUAUUAAGCUGAGGCGCCUGGAUGGUAGCACUCACGCUUGCAAGACGGAGCAGUGCGCAGGCGGCGUAGCAAGAAAUAUGGCGGAGGCUUUGUGGCGCCUACGAGAUGGACGCGUGCGACUACUUACUGCCAUCGGUGACGACUCAGAUGGACAGUACCUACAGAAUAUUGCACCAGGAUUAUUAUUGGAGGGUUGUGUUGUACAAAACGCACGAACAGCAGUUUACGCCGCCAUAUUCGACAAAAAAGGCGAAUGUACCCUAGGCCUCGGAGACAUGGACGUUCACAAUCAAAUUACUGUAGAUCUUGUGGAUAGACACAUAAACGUUUUAAGGAAUGCGCCGCUCGUUGUAAUCGACGGCAACUUACCUUUGUCUACCAUGGAAUAUAUUUUAAGACUAUGCAAAAAGUAUGAAAAACCUGUUUUCUACGAACCUACAGACCGAAGAAAAGCUGUUAAAGCACUAUCUUGCAAUCAGCAAUUUAUUAGCUACGCGUCACCGAAUAUGAUGGAACUUAGAGCAAUGGCCAACUAUUUGAAACCGAACAACAAUAUAAAUAAAAGUAAUGACUUAGAAGAAAUUAUAAAUCUCUCUAAAAUCAUAUUGAAUUGUAUACACGUUUUGUUAGUAACAAGAGGUCCAGCAGGAGUGGUUACAAUCAAAGCAGUAGAACAAAAUAAUAUUUUGUCAAAAAAUAAUAAAAAGAUUGAAGUCCGGCAUUAUACAUCUGAAGUUUUAAAUACUCUGGAAAAUGUAUCUGGAGCAGGAGAUUGUUUUUCAAGUGGAUUUAUUAAUGGCCUCCUUUUGGGUCUUAAUGAAUUUGAAAGCAUUGGGGCCGGGUUUUGUGCUGCGAAAGAUGCUUUGCUUAGCAAGAAAACGGUACCUGAUAAAUUUACAAAAUAUAAUUAUUAUAAAAAAGUUGUAUACGAUAUUUGGUAUUAUUAAUGUAUUACAUU